UCUCAGGGCCCCUACUUGGUUCUUCCUACCUGUCAAUUCCUUUCAUCCGAACCGACCGCCAAAAGAUGACUCCCACGUUGGACCCCCCGGAAUCUUCUCUGAUAGAGCAGGUUAACUCUCCACCAAAAGUAUCUUUACAAAUCCUCGGGACGCAUAGUACGAACGAACAGAUCAAAGUGAUUGAUUUUGAUCUCUGGAUCGACUGUUCGAAAGUAGUAGGAAUCAGAUCUGGGAAGUUCUUGACGAACAGAGAAAGCGAUUGCCGGUCCUGGAAUCACUCCGCCAACCAGGACAGCUGCAACUUCGAGGAGAUAUUGGAUGGCUGGCUUAAUGACUGGAUGAGUAAUAGUAGGGACGGGCGAUCCUGGACGCUUUCUAAAUUAGUUUCUUUUCCCGAUGACGAUUGCGCUGCGAUGAAAGCUCAUAUAGAGAGGCUGGCACGCAACACAGCCUACGAUGGGUCUAUUGAGGUAGUGUUUCACACUCCAUCAGUAGAGGCAGACGCCUUAGCCGAGAAACACAAGGUGCAAAUUCGAGCGGAGUGGAGUUUUGAUUGUCCUUUUACUCCCGCAGAUCAGGUAUGGAACGAGCUGGUAAUGAACGCAAUGGUCGACCGUAAGAAGGGCUGGAUCUCUCCGAAUGAGCCAAAGCUACCCUACGGGAUGUCUCCAUUCCGAAGGGCUAUCAGACAUGAUAAUAAUUCCAGGAUUGUAUCGCAGGAGCAGGAUGCGGAUGGGUUUACGCGCUCAAUACGGCAAUUCUCACGAUAGGGCUGUGACGGUUCAUCAUGAAAAGGAGUUAGGUCAAUAUGGACGAACAGCUUUGUUAUUACUCUUGUCGCUCUGUGUUAUUGUUAUUAUUAUUGUUGUUGUUGUUGUACUGUGGCUCUACUUUCAUUGUUAAUGGGUUACAUUGCGUUCGAUGUUGUGGAAUAGAAGUUGUUAAACUAGGCGCUGAUGAGCUUUCUGCUUAGGAGCAGGUUUAUUUGAUUAAGCAUUGAGUCAUUUGCAUGAGCAAGCUAUAUCGCUGGCUGCUCU